AUGGGCAUCGAAAUUCACCCGAUCACAGCGGCAGAUAUCCCGUCGGUGGCAGAUUGCAUCCAGCAGUCAUUCGCCGACGAUCCAUAUCACAUAUGGGCUUUUGAUCAGCGACCGGGUAAAUUCGACAAAGAACGGAACCUGGCAAGUUUGAGAGCCAAAUGCGAAUGGGGCAUGCGGAACGCUCUGUUCUACGUGGCCAAGGACAGCGACGACCCCUCGGGCCAGGUUCUGGGAGUCGGUAUGUGGAUGAAACCCAGGAAUGCGACGGAGCCGGAAACGUGGGCGGAAUGGCUGGAUGGUUACCUGUUGUGGUUCAAGCAAGGCUGGAAUCUGGUGCGGUAUCAGGGCCGCGGAGGAUUGAACACCAAGCGAUAUUGGAUCUGGAAACAGGUGCAAGCCGACGUACAGGCCGAAAUCUGGGACGACCCGACCGGCUACUAUUUCUGCAAUAUCGUCGCUGUCAGGCCUGGCAAUCAAGGCAAAGGUAUUGGACGAAAGCUGAUCGAAUUGAUUACAAAAACUGCUGAUGCCGAGGAUCGCAAAUGCUAUCUCGAGAGCUCAAAGGCUGUCCCAAACAUUGCCAUCUACGAGAAGCUGGGCUUCACCGUCGCCAAAAAGAUGGAAUGCGAGGAGGGAGGUGACAAGAUUGAUCUCUACUGCAUGUUCCGCGAGCCUCGGCCCAAAUCCAAGCCCAAGCCAUGA